AUGUUGUGUCGUGGUAUUAUAAAGAAUGUGGCGCUACGGUCAUCUCCUAUGACUAAGUUUAGGAGGUCUCUCUCUUCAUAUUAUGAAUUAUUCCCUAAAACGUUUCAGAACAAGAAACCUGUCUGGGAGAUAGACCAAGCUAAGUUACGUAAGGAGUAUAGGUCUCUUCAAGCUCAGUUUCACCCGGAUGUCGUAAAGGAAGGAUCAGAGGAUCAAUCAUCACUGUUGAAUAAAGCUUAUCACACAUUAAAAGCACCCUUAACAAGGUCACAAUAUCUAAUAAAAAUUCUUAAUGAGAUUGAUUUAAGAAAUGAUGAAGUUAAAAAACAAAUUACGAAUAGUGAUCCUGAAUUGUUAAUGAAAAUUAUCGAUAUUCAUGAAGAACUCUCUGAAUGUGAAGCUGAAGAAGAGGUUCGUACCAUUGAAAAGGAGAAUAAGACUCGUAUAAGGGAGAUUGAAACACAACUGAAUAAAGCAUUUGCAGAAUCAGAUUUCAAGACAGCGAUUAAAUUGACGGUAGAAUUGAAGUAUUGGACAAACUUAGAAUUAGCCAUUAAGGAAUGGGCUCCUGGGAAACCUAUCGAAUUGGUUCAUUGA